AUGGUUGGAAAUUGGGAUCCAGAGGAAGAACAGAUUCUUCUUCUAGACCAGUUAUUGAAGAAACUGUCGGAAAAUACGAAUGUCCUGUUUUUGUAUGCCAUACGUUAUGGAAGAGUCACACAAACUUUGCUGGAGUGUGAGAAGAGAUGUUCUCAUCUGGUGGAGAUCGGAGAUAAGGAAGAAUCAGAUUUCCUUGCCUCCACAUUUCUAUUAAACACCUGGACAGGAGGAAAUGAUCAUGAUAUUGAAGAUCAAUAUCGAUGGAGCUACUCCAACGUGACCAUAACCUUCACCGCUUGGAACACUGGUGAACCGAGUGUAGGUUAUCCUGCACAAGCAGAGGAGAAAGACUGUAUCGACCUACUUAGAAAUGGCAAGUGGAAUGAUCGACCUUGCUCUUACCUUAAUUCAUUUAUUUGUGAAAUGCCCUAUGGACUGUAG